AUGUCGUUUACUGCACCAUCAGAUCCCGUGAAUAGACCGACGAAAGUGAAGGUAUCACAGUUGUGUGAGCUGUGCCAUUCAAGGAAGGCUCUCAUUAGAAGACCCAAGAAUUUGUCUAAACUUUGUAAGCAAUGCUUCUGCCUUGUGUUCGAGACGGAGAUCCAUAACACUAUUGUAGCGAAUAAUCUGUUUCAAAGGGGAGAAAGGAUAGCCGUGGGAGCCUCUGGUGGUAAAGACUCUACGGUGUUGGCGCAUAUGCUGAAGCUUUUGAAUGACCGCUAUGAUUACGGCAUUGAGAUUGUACUGUUGAGUAUUGACGAAGGAAUCGUCGGAUACAGAGACGAUUCCUUGGCCACAGUAAGGAGAAAUCAACAGCAGUAUGGGCUACCCCUUGAGAUUUUCUCCUUCAAGGACCUGUAUGACUGGACAAUGGACGAGAUUGUGUCCGUUGCUGGGAUAAGAAACAGUUGCACGUAUUGCGGUGUUUUCAGAAGACAAUCAUUGGAUCGUGGUGCUGCAAAGCUGGGCAUAUCGCAUGUUGUCACCGGCCACAAUGCAGACGAUAUGGCUGAGACGGUACUAAUGAAUAUUCUACGUGGUGACGUGGCAAGAUUAGAAAAAUCGACUGCGAUUAUCACACAAAGUAGCGGUUCACCCAUCAAGAGAUCAAAACCAUUUAAAUAUUCUUAUCAAAAGGAAAUUGUCCUGUAUGCACACUAUAUGAAGCUGGAUUACUUUUCCACUGAGUGUACCUAUGCGCCAGAGGCGUUUAGAGGCACUGCGAGGGAGUACAUGAAGAACCUAGAAGCAGUGAGACCCAGUUGCAUCAUAGACAUCAUCCAAAGUGGGGAAAAUUUGGCAUUGAAGGCCAAAAAAUCUAACGCUAAGAAGAGAGUCGUGAAGUUUGUUGACGGCAAUAGAUGUACAAAAUGUGGAUACCUGUCGUCGAAUAACAUAUGCAAGGCAUGCAUGUUGCUGGAGGGUCUGGAGAAGAGCAGAGCCCAGGUGGCGAUCGAGAAUGACACUUCUGUCGAUGGCGCAGCCUUGAAGCUGAGAGCUCUGGAGAAACUCAGCUUCUGA